CACUGCCAUGCGCUGCCCAGCUCGCUUGGUGGCUCUGCUGCUGCAUUCCCCACCGGUCCUCCGGCAGCAGACGGGCCAAUUUCUCCCCUUGCUACAGAGCUGAGACCUGGCCAGGUGCUGUGGAGCCAUCCAUGACAGAGACUGAGCAGCAGGAAGCAAGAAGGAGGGGAGAGGCUUUCCCCUUCUGCAGCAGCAGCUCCUUGUGAGCCCCGGGACGCAGCCCCACCCUACCCCCUCCUCCCUGCCAGGCUCCCCUCACCCCCACUACAGACACCAGAGCCAUCCCCACCAGGCACAGAAUGUGUGAUUCUGGCUGGGGGGGGAUGCCCUCCCCAGCCCCAGCUGUGACCCAUGGGGAGGGAGCUGGGAUCCCAGCGGAGAGGAAGGGCCUGGCGGGGCAGGGUGCCUGAGGCCUUUUGGGCCUGAGUGAGGCGGUCUGUUGGAAUUGGGGGUGGGGAAGCAGCUGGAGACUGAUCACCCGGCAUGGAUUGUGUGGCCCUGCACAGCCUCCCCGAGGGACUGCAGACAGGAGAUUCCCGAGACGAGACGCUGGGCUUGGGCUGGCUGUGCUGGGCUCCGUGGAGGCCUCAUUACUCAUGCUGCUGAGGUCGAGCGCUUUCAGCAGGGCAGCGGCGCUAUGGAGGCACCGCCUGAGAGCACCAGGGGCUGAGUGUAACCAGAGUCAAGCAGGGAAGAGGGGGGCGCAGGACCCUGCAUUUUCCCCGGGGUCUCCUAUUUGGAUGUGAACAGAGGGGCAGCAGGGGCUGGAUCACUUUCCUUCUGCUCCCACCAGCUGCACCCGGACUUUGGAGCACCAGGGAUUGGGUGUGGCCAAGAUGCUCGCUCCAGCCUGGCUCCAUGUGUAGUUAAGAGACUAGACAGCCUCUGGGCAACUGGGAUCAUUCCUCCGGGGCCAGCACGUUGCAGAGACACUGCUCGUUCCUCAUCCAUGCUGCUUUCGGGAGGACUCUGAAGCCAGAGGUCGAGCCAGUUGGGCCCAGAGAGCCACCCCCAGAGGGCAAGGGGCCUGGGAGGAUGCCCUCCUGCUGACUUCCCCGUCUUCAGCCCCUCUGCUGCCUCCCUGCUCAGGCUGCUGCCUGCUGACCUGGCGCCAUGUUGCGGCCGAGCUCAGGGGUGUUGAUCUCGGUGAAUGGGCUGGGCUUCCCACCGCAGAAUCUGGCCCGCGUGGUGGUGUGGGAAUGGCUGAACGAGCACGGGCGCUGGCGGCCCUACACAGCGGCCGUCUGCCACCACAUUGAGAAUGUGCUGAAGGAGGACGCCCGGGGCAGCGUGGUGCUGGGGCAGGUGGAUCCCCAGCUGGUUCCGUAUAUCAUCGACCUGCAGUCCAUGCACCAGUUCCGCCAGGACACAGGGACCAUGCGUCCAGUGAGGAGGAACUUCUAUGAGCCCUCCUCGGCCCCUGGGAAGGGGAUCGUGUGGGAGUGGGAGAACGACAACAACUCCUGGACUCCCUACGACAUGGAUAUUUGCAUCACCAUCCAGAAUGCCUAUGAGAAGCAGCACCCGUGGCUGGACCUCUCCUCUCUGGGCUUCUGCUACCUGAUCUACUUCAAUAGCAUGUCGCAGAUGAACCGGCAGACGCAGCGGAAGCGCCGACUCCGGCGCCGCAUGGACCUGGCGUACCCGCUCACCAUGGGCUCCAUCCCCAAGUCCCAGUCCUGGCCUGUGGGCACCAACUCCGGGCAGCCGUGUUCCUGCCAGCAGUGCCUGCUGGUCAAUAGCACCAGGGCAGCCUCCAAUGCCAUCCUGGCCUCGCAGCGGAGGAAGGUGUAUGUGGGCAACAGCAAUGGGACUCUGGCUGUUAGGCAGAGCAACACUUUCAACGGCACAACAUUGUGGUCUGCGGGCACCAUGCCAACUGGGGGGACAGCUAAGAUGGAGCAGGUCCGAUCCCCUAGCGGCAUGCAAGUGACCACCUUCUCCCGAAGCCAGAGCGCUCCCACUGGCACCCAGCUUCCUGGGCAGAACAACCUGAACAGGCCUGGAACGCAGCGGGUUGCAGUACUGAGUACCAGGGCCUCCAUCCCACCAGGGGUUCCUGCCCUCCCGGUUAAGAAUCUGAACGGAACCGGACCAGUCCAUCCUGCCCUGGCAGGUAUGACAGGCAUUUUGAUGUGUGCUGCUGGGCUGCCUGUAUGCCUGACCCGGGCCCCGAAGCCCAUCCUGCACCCUCCGCCCGUGAGCAAGAGCGAAAUCAAGCCGGUGCCUGGGAUCAAUGGCAUCUGCAGGAAAACCAAGAAGAAGCACCUCAAAAAGAGCAAGAAUCCUGAGGAUGUGGUGCGCCGGUACAUCCAGAAGGUGAAGAGCCCGCCGGACGAGGACUGCACCAUCUGCAUGGAGAGGCUGGUGGCCUCGUCCGGCUACGAGGGCCUGCUCAGCCACAGGGGCGCCAAACCGGAGCUGGUGGGCAAGUUGGGCAAGUGCGGGCACAUGUACCACCUCCUCUGCCUGGUGGCCAUGUACAACAACGGCAACAAGGAUGGCAGCCUGCAGUGCCCCACCUGCAAGGCCAUCUAUGGGGAGAAGACGGGGACCCAGCCCCCAGGGAAGAUGGAGUUCCACAUCAUCCCACACUCGCUGCCAGGCUACACGGAAUCCAAAACCAUCCGCAUCGUCUACGACAUCCCCACGGGCAUCCAGGGCCCAGAGCACCCGAACCCCGGGAAGAAGUUCACAGCCCGAGGCUUCCCCCGGCACUGCUACCUACCGGACAACGAGAAAGGCAGGAAGGUUCUGAAGCUCCUGAUUGUGGCAUGGGACCGCCGGCUCAUCUUCACCAUUGGCACAUCCAGCACGACGGGAGAGUGCGACACUGUGGUGUGGAACGAGAUCCACCACAAGACAGAGUUUGGUUCCAACCUCACUGGCCACGGCUACCCUGACCCCAACUACCUGGACAAUGUCCUGGCUGAGCUGAUGGCCCAGGGGGUCUCGGAAGCCAACCUGAAGGACUGAGGAGGAAGCCCCCGCUCUCUGCUAGCGUGCUUCUUGGCAGCCAAACCCCGCCUGCGUCCGUGUCUCCGUGAGUCCAUCCUCCACCACCGCCAUGCCCGGGAACCACCCACCUUCCCAGAUCCCUCACUCUGCUUCUGCUGCCUUGACCUUCAGUAACCUUCAGACUGCAAUGCUGGCCUUGGCUGGGGUGCCGCGGAAGUGUACGUCCCCCACCAGGCGGAGUGGCUCUCCCUUUAACCGAUGCCAUGUGCACGCCCCUCAGACACGCCGGCCGAUGAGCAGCAGGCCAGCAGGAGCUGCGUGAGUGACCAAGCAACACAAAGCUGCGCUGAUUAUUUUUUUAUACUCUUGUGAUCUGUGAUAUUUUCCCUGUUAGAGACCCCAGCCCACAUCUGACUGUACCCUCUCCCCCGCCCCGUGUAACUCUCUCUAUGGAAAUCUUGUACAGUAUCUACUAGAACAAGGGGGCAACUUCUGGCCAACUCUCCCACAGCCACACCACCACCAUCUGUCCUGUCCAGUCGAUGUCAGCAUCGCCUGGGUGAGCCCCCUCCCCCCACAGCCACGUGGCACAUUUGCCAUUGCUCCUCACUGCUGCAACUCUGACAGGGAGGGAGAGGGCCCCAGGCUGGGGGAAGGGAGGUGGAGCAGUCAACACCCAAUCGGCAGCAGCCACCGAUGCCCUGAUUGGUCCCUUCAGUUGGCACCAGCCAGGAUUCAAAGGGCCACUCGUGAUUUUAAAAGCCACGAGUGCAGACAGUGGACGGCUGAUACCCGUGUGCCAGUGGAGAUUGGCACGCCUGCCUACCUGCAUGCAUGGGCCCUUUGCAUGCGUGGCUUUAAAAACCGGGGCCUGGUUCUCUCUCGGGGGUUUGUUCCCAUGUAUGUAGCACACCUUUAGCGGGGAAAUAAACCUGCUCUUCCUGUUGGGUU